AUGUUGCGCUGGUACCAGUCCAAGUUGGCAAAGAGGCCCAUCCUCACCGCAAGCAUCACCAGUGCCUUCCUAUUUGGCAGCGGUGAUGUUCUAGCACAACAAGCUGUCGACCGGAAAGGUCUCCAAAAGCACGACUUUGCCCGCACUGGGCGAAUGGCUCUAUACGGCGGAGCUGUCUUCGGUCCAGCUGCCACUACCUGGUUUGGCAUACUCCAGCGCCAUGUCGUUCUCAAGGGCACCGCGUCCACCACCGCCGCUCGUGUUGCCGCCGAUCAAGUCUUCUUUGCCCCAGUCCAGCUCACCUGUUUCCUAUCCUCGAUGGCUAUCAUGGAAGGCGUUGAUCCUGUGGAAAGGUGGAAGACUGCCUUUGUUCCCGCCUAUAAGGCCAACCUGAUGGUCUGGCCGUUUGUACAGGGUGUGAACUUUACAUUUGUCCCCCCUAGACCUGCGCUUGCUAUUCGUCAACGUUGUCAGUUUGGGGUGGAACUGCUUCCUCAGCUUGAUGAACAGCGGCGAGGAAUUAUAAUUCCGAGUCAUGGCUCGGAUUUCUCUUACCUUCUUUGUGUGAAAAGCCCCGAUUUGCGCUUUCCUGAAAUUCUCGCCACUCCGACUUUCCGAACUCGAUCGUCUUCCCCUCCACAUCCAUUCACUAUGGCUGCCGUCGCAGAAAAUGGUACCCCGGCUGUGGCCGACGAGAACUCCGCUCCUGUCACCGAGACUCAGACUGGUGAUGCCGUUACUGUCUUCCACAACCCCGAUGACUUCAACGUGAAGCACCCUCUUAUGCACGAAUGGACUCUGUGGUUCACCAAGCCCCCCCAGUGGCAAGGUAGGAGACACCCGGGCGACAACUGGAAUGAUCUGCUCAAGGAGGUGGUUACCUUCAGCUCUGUUGAAGAAUUCUGGGGCAUCUAUAACAACAUCACGCCGACCUCCGAACUUGGCCUCAAGGCCGACUACCACCUCUUCAAGAAGGGCGUACGGCCCGAGUGGGAGGACCCCCAAAACAAGCACGGUGGAAAGUGGUCAUACCAAUUCAAGGACAAGCGCUCCGUUCCUAUCGACGAACUUUGGCUGCACGCGCAGCUGGCCGCGAUCGGCGAGACCCUCGAGAACGACGACGACAACGAAGUGAUGGGAGUGGUUGUGAAUGUGCGCAAGGGCUUCUACCGUGUUGGUCUAUGGACACGCACAGUCGGCAAGAGCAUCCAAGGCGAUAAGCAGACCCGCACACAGGCUCAGGGCAAGGAGAUCCUCGAGGCAAUUGGCCAGCGCUUCAAGGACGUGCUGCGGCUCAACCUGGCGGAUGUGGUGGAGUUCUCCGGCCACACCGAUAGUGCACACAGCGGCAGCACGCGCGCGAAGGCCAAGUACACCGUUUAA